AUGGCUUGGCUGGAACGCCAUGAGCCAUGGAUUGAUUGGAGGUCGAAGGCCUUAGGCGCAACGCGCAAUGUUCCUAGUGAAGCUUUGGAGAGUCAUGAACCCACCUUUGCUAGGCAACAAAAGCGCUAUUGGCGCGCGCCACUGACGGAGUCUGUCAGUGUGCUUGACAUUGGAGUGUCUGAGCUAGUUAACUCUGAUGUCAUUGACAAUAGUGAAACGGCACGUAUUCCGUUGAGUGACACUAGUAAUGACAGUGAAUCACUGAAUGCUGGAAGCAUUGAUGGCUUAAGGCCGAGUCAUCCUGGGUGUGAUCCCUGUGAUGCGCGUGGAGUGGCACGUAAACAUCCACAGAGUGAGGUCGGCCGUGAUGGCACCCCACUUAAUGUCGGUAAUGACAUUGGCUCUGAGAGAGAACAGGUCGAGGUUAAAGAUAAUCUUCACCUCGUGGAACUGGAUGUUCCCAACACGUUGAAGUGUCAAGUCUUUGCACAGAGACGACAGCGACGCCAGAUGGCGGCUGUGAAAAGAAAGGCUUCUGCCAUGACCCAGAAGGACACUAGCGAACAGUUGUACACGUUAGUCAAUGGGGUGUCGGGUGCGAUUGAUGGAGAAGUUGGCCUCGAGGCCCUCCCAUCGAUUAACGCUCUGCUAGAGCUAGACGAAAUGUCUGUAGACGAAUUUCAUCAAGCCUUAAAGGCUGGUGCUUUGUCCGAUAUGGUGGUCCUUAGACCUGAUCUUGAGUUGAACUCGUCAUCCCUUGUAGAUGAGACAGUCCUUGAGGACAUUAAAGUUGCACUCAGUGCUCGCAGUGGAUCUGCCAUUUUGAAGGAUCCUUCGGAUCCCUUCUAUCCUUUGGUAAAGGAAUUUCGAGGACGUGGUGUGUCAUGA